UUUCUUGCUUCUGACUUCCGAUUUAUUACUAAUAUCUUAUUGUAGAAGAUUCUUCAAAGAUAAACAGAGAUAAUAAAACUGAGAUAAACUAGCACACUAUAAACUGAAAUAAGAAGUUGUGGAAAUAACAGUUACAAUUCAAGAAGAAAGUGUAUAUGUCGGACUUACGGCAUUGUGUUCAGCUAUAAGACAAUAAUAAUAAAUAAGAUACACGUGUGUUACAUCUUUCGAUGACAUAUAGAAACUUCAAGUUCUUCACAAUCGCCAUUAGUAGUACUAAACUAUUAAUUGUUUUUUAUAUAAGAAUACAAAAAAGAACGAAUAAUGAAUCAGGACAAACCUUUGACUUUUUUCGAAGGCAAACCUAGAAAAGGAUCCCACAGUAAAGUAGAACUUGAAGUAGAAGAUGAUAAAACAAAACAGCACGACCACGAUGUGCCGAUACAAGACAAAAAAACAAACGAACAACAAACAACAAAAAAUAUUCUUGACUUCCCAGAUGAAGUUCUUUUUUGUAUAUUCAAAAAUGUAGACCCAAACGAUUUGAAUAAUCUCCGAUUAUGUUGCACAAGAUUUGCAAGACUAGCGGCAGAUAAAUUUUUAUGGAGUUUGGACUAUCGCAAAACACCUAUACUUCCAUCUCAAAUGGAGUCGUAUGAAACUUUCCUAAAACCAUUAACAUACAGCUUAGCAAUACGUGGAGAUUUCCAACAUGGCAAUGAAAAUAUUCUUUUACCUUAUUUUUGUUUUAAACUACGACAAAUAUGCAGAAUACUUAGCAAAUUGAUUAUUGAAGAGUAUUAUAUUCCUACAACUAAGGAUACGCCAGAGACGUCAACAACUCUUGAGACCCUUGAAUUCAAAAAUUGUAUAGCAGAUGGUAAGUUUACUGGUGUCACAUUUUUUUCGCCCACUUUUUUUCCUGGAGUAUGUAGGUUCGUACCCUACAUAAAACUCUUGACAUUUAACAAUGUUCUGUGGGAUCAGCAAUCGACAUUUUUGACAAGUAUAUGUAAUCUUACAGAACUUCAGAAACUUGAAGUAAUUUCAUGUUUUCGUAUAAAGGACUUCUGUCCAGACAUAGAUUUAUUCACUGUCCCUUGUAACUGCCAAAAACUAGAGAUUCUAGACUUUCGAAACACAUUAGCAGAGGAUAAGAUAAUUGAAUGGUUUUGUCAAGUUGAAUCUUUAAAAGAACUGUAUCUAGAAUGUCCUAAAUUUUUUAGGGACAAAUUGUCAAAUGAGUCAUUAGAAGAGUUACAAAACUUUUAUUACGAAAAUUACAUUCCUUUGUGUCUGUUUGAUAUGGAGAUUUAUACCUUUUUAUGUACAAUAGAAACAUUAUUCGCAAGUUACAAGAACAGAUAUCAAUAUUAUGGCGUCGACAUUACCAAACUUAAUAGAGCUGGAUAUAACUGGUUGUAGUGUAACUUUGGAGGAUAUUAAACACUUUAAAUCACAAAGACCUAAUGUUAACAUUUAUUCAUCAUUUAGUACACAACAUAAACGAUAUGUGUCUAUGAGUAAAUGAGUAUUGAGACGACGUUAAUGUGACAUAGAUUAUAAAAAAACAAAGUUAGAAACGAAACUUGUUUUAUAUCCCGAUAAAAAGUAGUACUUGAUAGUGCAAUUAUCUGAGUAAUUAUAAUGAAACUGUAAUUAUCGUACCUGAAAAAAGUAAUUAAGCAAGAAUAUCACAUUUACGUGUAAUUGUAAUAAUUGUAACUGCAAUUAUAAUUAUUACAAAACCUUGUAACAUUUUAAGUUAUUUUAAUAUAAGAACUUGUAAACUUAUGAUGUUAAAAUGUGUAAGAAAACCGAAAAUUAUGAUUAAUUUAUUCAAAUAGUCAGUAACCAUUACACACACAAUCGCGCAAAAAUGUGAUCAUCCAUUUAAAGAAUGGAUUUUGACUAUCUCGCUACUGCGUGUCGUCGCGAUACGCGACAAGUGUAUUUAGGCUUUUACCAAUACUAAUGUUCAGCAAGAAAAAUAUGUUGACCAUGGUCGCCGUCCGAGCAGGCACCGGACUGCGGAAAUUGAAUAAAGCGCGCAAAAGCACCGAUUUACUGAAGCGCCAAUAUACAAAGAACGCCUUGUGUCGCUGUGAAGCCGCUUGCGCAAUGCAAAAAAAUACCAAAAGCGCUAAAAAUACUAUCCAUUGGCUUUAUAAGGUUCA